AUGUGGGAGCAGCUGGAGAAAUAUCGCAAUAACUUUUUGCAACUCGAAAUCAAAGAUGUGCUCAAGCCCGGCUCCAUAAACUGCCUGCAGAAUACGGAAUGGAAAGAGGCCACGGAAAGGCGUGACAAGUGCAAAUCCUACCCAGAUGGCUGCCCCGCCAGCUCCACGUACUUUGAGGAUCGUGCACAGCUGGCCCUCGGGUGGUUUGCACUACCCAAAUUGAUGAAGGAAAUGGACAGUGACGUGUGUCUGACCCACUGGCAGGCUAUUGUUUCGUUGACAGAGUUUCUGCUAAAUCCGUUGAAUGCUCAAAGAGCCAUCACUGAAAUGGACAUUGUGAGAAAGGUGAAGAAUGCCUUUAUGAGGAUGAUAUUGCAGAUCCACAGAGAGGAGUACCGCGAGGUGGAAACAUAUCUAAAGAUUUUCAACAUUUUGUCUCGCAAUUUGAAUGGCGCCGAGAAUAUUGCUAAUCGGCAGUGCCUGAGAAUUGAGUUCUACAAAAUAAUAGAGAAUCGCGUGCCACUCCAAGAAGACUUGGCCGCUGAAAUCUUGCGCAAUUUGACGGGCAAACCAAAGGUUUUGGGCAUCGUGAUGCAGGAUCCCGAUAACUUAACCUCAGCGGUUCUGAUAUUUAUGCAGGACCCCUGCCAGCCCAUAUAUCCGCGGCAUCUCUGGCACCAUCUUUGCCACAUGCUGGAGCUGAAUCCCGAGCGCGGCAUCGAACUCGGCUUGUUUGAGUUUCUGCAUUCGCGGAUCCUGAAUCGCCUGCCGUUCUUCUGGUGCAUGGCCACCAAAGCCUUCGCUCUGCUCCUCCGCUGUCCGGAGGGCCAGCGCCGCUUCGAUGCAGUUGAUGGGGUGAAGCUGCUGUUCGAAGUGUUCCAGGACAAAGGGAAGAAACCCAACAAACUGCUGCCCCGGCAGAAGGUGAUGAGCUGGGAGUUUCUGGUCCUGGCCCUGCUUAACGGCCUCCACAGCAAGCGCGCCCUUUGGCGUUGCCGAGAGUUUACCCUGCUGACCUGCCAUGUGGGUCGCCUGAUGUCCACCGAGACCAAUCCCCGCCUGCAGCUGUACUGCCUGAAGACGCUGCGUCAGAUGGCCGUAAUGCCGUGCAUCAAGCGCUACAUCAUCGGCAACUGGCUGGAGGAUGUGCGUAAACUCUUCUGCCUGAAUGCGGAUGCGGAGUGUGCCCGGGAUGCUUUGCUCGACUUUCUGAGUCGCGAUAUAGCUGAUAGCACUUAAAAGCAGUUCUCAUUCGUCCACCCAACACAAGUACAUUAUUCAUUAUAGGUUUCAUUCAUUCAUUGAGUUCCACUCCACGAAACAUCGCAGCAGAAUUUGCACACGUAAAAAUUGCCCCACUCUGAGACCCAUUUAGAUACAUUUUAACCGUUUCGAAUUACCCCUAAAUGUCCCAAAGAUAAGUCCGAAAUCGGUUAAACGAGAGAGAGAGAGCGCGGUGUCAAUAGAA